AACCGGGAAUUCCCAAAAUUUAGAAAUUUUUUGUAGCCCCAAAACAAAAAUUUGGAGGUUCCUAACUGUUAGUAUUUUUAGCCUCUUCCAAUUAAUUCCAAAUGGCGCCCGCCUUUCCCACCUUAACAUUUCAAUUCUAGAUCUGUAACUUCAACAAUUCUCUCUCCCCAAAACUCUAAAAAACCCCAGUUAGGGUAGGGUUUUAUCACUCGUUUUGCUGUUUGCUGUUCCAUGGCGUCUGAAAAAGAAACCCUAGAUGAUAAGAAACCAGAUGAGGUGAUGGAGGAACAACAAGUAAAGGAAGAAGAAGAGGGAAAGACAGGUGAAGUAGAGGAAGAGGAUGAAAAGGGAGAGAAUAAAGAGGAUGAGAAAGAGGAAGCAGAGAAGGAAAAAGAAGAAUCAGAUGAGGAGGAGGAAAAGCUAGUGAAGAAGGGCAAAGGCAAAAGUGAGGGAAAGAAGAAGGAGAGUGAGGAAGAGCCUAAGACGCCAAUCUCAAGACCGACGAGGGAAAGGAAAACUGUGGAGCGCUAUUCUGCUUCUUCGGAUGCUAGAAGUUCAACGCCUAAGCCCAUGUCUAUUAGAAAGGGUAGUGGUACUCAGCUGAAGGAGAUACCAAAUGUGGCUUAUAAACUAUCCAAGAGAAAGCCUGAUGACAACCUGCAAAUGCUUCACUAUAUUCUUUAUGGCAAGAAAUCAAAGGUACAUAGUUUGAAGAAAAACAUAGGGCAGUUUUCAGGAUUUGUUUGGGUUGAAAAUGAGGAAAAACAAAGGGGAAAAAUCAAAGAGAAGUUGGACAAAUGUGUUAAGGAAAAGCUGCUGGAUUUUUGUGAUGUCCUCAAUAUUCCAGUGAGCAGAUCUGCUGCAAAGAAGGAUGAGCUCUCAGUGAAAUUAUUAGAAUUCCUGGAAUCUCCUCAUCCUACAACAGACUCCUUGCUUGCUGAUAAGGAACAGAUGGGUAAGAAGCAAAAGAGGAAGAGCAUAGCUACCAAAAGCACAGGUUCCUCGGAUAACACUAAAGUAAAGAAGCAUCAGAAAUCUGAAGUUGGGGUAAAACGCAAGCGGUCAUCAAAAACUGAGGAAGAAGAAGCUAAUGAUGAACAACCAUCAGACAGUGGAGAUGACUCUGAGAAUGAUGAUGAAGCUCCUAAAGAAGGAAGUGAUCAGGAAGGGAGUGGUUCUGAGAAAGAUGAGAAGCAAGAGGAAGAGGAAUUGGAAGAGAAACCCAAGAAAAAUAAGUCUAAUGAGAAGAUCUCUUCAAAGAAGAGUGUGAAGAAGGAUUUUGGGAGUAAAGCGGAAGAGAAGUCUAAGGCCAUGGGAAAGGGCAGCCCUGCCAAGUCCUUGAAAAGUUCAUCAAAAUCUAACCCUUCAAGUUCAGCUUCCAAGAAAGGUGCUUCUGCUGCUGAUUCAACAUCUAAACCCAAGAAAGAAAAAGCUGAAAAGAAAAGUAAAAAAGAAAGUGAAUCUGGGAAGGAAAAUUCUUCAAGCAAGAAAAAAUCAAGCAAAUCUACUGCAAAGGUUUCUGAAAAAGGAAAAGGGAAAAGUGUAAAGAAGGCCAAGGCAGAGCCUAGCAACGAAGAAUUGCAUGCAGAAGUAACAAAUAUUCUGAAAGAAGUGGAUUUUAACACUGCAACUUUAUCUGAUAUUAUCAGGCGACUAGGUAGCCACUUUGAUGUGGAUUUGAUGCACAGAAAAGCAGAGGUGAAGGCUAUAAUCACUGAAGUAAUAAAUAGCAUGAGUGAUGAGGAAGAAGAUGAUGAGGAACCAGAGGGUGAUGGCGAUGCAGAAAAAUCGGAAGGUGAUGACGAUGCAGAAAAAUCUGAAGGUGAUGACAGUGAUGCUUGAUUUACGAGUCAAGUAGAAAGAUUUGCUACCGAUACAAGCUUGUUAAUUGUUCUGAUUUGCAUGUUGUCCUCUGUAUAGACAUGUAAGUGAGAAGGUAUACUGUUAGCUGAAGGUAUGCAGAUAGUGGCCUCAAUAGGAUAGUUGUAAGAUAGGCAUUUCUGUAUUAGCUAAUCUGUAGAUGUAACCUUAGGAUUUCCUUACUCCCGUUGCUUGCUGAUAAUCAUGGGUUUUGAGCUUGUACUUUUUAUUUUUAGAACAAUUGCAGAUUGCCAGAUUUUAGAUAUGGUGAAUGACUAAGAUUUUGUAUCAUCUGUACUGCUGAAUAAAAAGAGAGAAAAAACCUUCAUAUGGCUAGAGGGUUUGUUCAAGAAUUGCUUAUUCCUAUA